AUGUCUGAUUCACCGGAAUCCAAUGACUUUCAAAGUGUUUCGGGACAUAAAGUUAUUCGUGAUGACACGAGACCAUCGUCCGGCAAAACUCUGGAAACGGAAGAGUUGAAAGGACAAAGCUCUGCGCAGGGUUACACGACAGGUUCGCCACUCCGUUGUUCCCGAUGUGGCCAGGCUAUAAUGGGUAGGUAUGUCCUGAAGGUGUUGACCCGCACAUACCACCCGCACUGCUUGACGUGUACCGCCUGUGGGGUGACACUUUCUUCAUCAUGUUUCUCCAAGGGGGAUGAGAUAUUCUGUGCCGAGGAUUUUUUCAAGAAGUACGGGUGCAAAUGUGCCGGAUGCAAAGAAGGUAUCCCACCAACAGAGGUGGUACGGCGUGCGCAGUCGCAUGUAUAUCACACUCGGUGUUUCACGUGCUCUGUCUGUUCACAAACGUUUGCCACUGGAGACCAGUUUUAUCUUCUGGAAAAUCGGAAGUUGGUUUGCAAGAGUGAUUUUGAUACCUAUUCAUCUGAUGGCAGAGAUUCAAGAAGCGGUGAUUCUGACAGCGGCAUCAAACGCCCGAGGACAACCAUAACGGCGACACAGCUGGAGGCCCUGAAAUCCGCCUACACCAAAAGCGCCAAGCCGAGUCGGCACGUGCGGGAAAAACUCAGCAGCGACACCGGUCUGGACAUGCGCGUUGUGCAGGUCUGGUUUCAAAACCGCAGAGCAAAGGAAAAACGACUAAAGAAGGAUGCGGGACGACACAGGCCGAUGUGGGACCGAACAGUUCGACCAGUGGACCGAGAGAGAUUGUUCUGUAAUAUGGCACCAUCGACUGUGAACACUUACUGCAACAAAAACAACAUGGGCGAAUCAAGUUUGGAGCAUGCAAACGAAUUUACUUUUGGGGGUAGGCUUUGUACGUUCUUUAUCCCUUGGUAA